AUGCCUUUCAAGAGCUUACAAAGUGACAUCCUCCUUCCGCGCGACAUAACAACCUGGGAGUGGCUGUUCGAGCACUCCACGUACUCACCCCUAGCUCGCUUUCCAGAGAAUGAACUCGGCGGCUUUACCAACGCAGUCACAAAAGAGAGCCUCAACUGGAAACAGCUCAAGGACGCUGCGACAUGCGUGUCAACAGCUUUGGUGAAGAGAUAUGGUCUCAAAGUUGGCGAAACGGUGGCACUGUUCAGCCAGAACACGAUAUGGUAUCCUGUAGCCAUGCACGCGACACUUCGUGUAGGAGGCAAAGUGUCGGGAGCUAGCCCGGCGUACAAUGUCGAGGAGAUGACAUAUGCACUACAAAAGGCUGAUGCCAAGUUCCUCAUGACACACCCAGAUAGUAUGGAAGUAGCGACAGCUUCGGCGAAAGCUGCUGGUAUCCCUAAGCAGAACAUUUUCCUGCUCGAAGGACAGUCAGAUGGGUAUACGACGAUCAAAGAGCUCAUCGAUAUGGGACGGAAAGAGCGCCUGCAGGUACCAUACUGGACGAUACCAAAAGGCAAGACAAACUUCGACUACUGUGGCUUCCUAUCGUUCUCAUCCGGUACUACUGGUUUGCCUAAGGCUGUUAUGAUCGCUCAUCAAAAUGUCAUCGCCCAAUGUCUACAGAUUCAAAAAAUCUCUCCUUCGGAUCUGAAACGCAUAUUGGCUGUACUGCCCGCCUUCCACAUCACCGGUCUUGUACAUGUGCUGCAUCUACCAAUUCUUCUUAAUGCCGAAGUCAUUAUGGUACCACAAUUCACAAUGCAGGGCAUGCUUGACACAGUCGUGGAAUACCAGAUUAGAGAACUCCUCUUGGUACCACCGAUCCUGAUCCGCAUGGUUAGAGAUCCCAUCGUGGACAAAUACGACCUCUCACACCUCAGGAGGUUCUCCAGCGGCGCGGCACCACUCAGUGAAGAGAUCAUCCAGCUUCUCAAACAAAAGUUUCCGCAGACCGGCUUCAAGCAAGGUUAUGGUAUGACCGAGUCAUGUUCGUGUAUUACGGCACAUCCGCCAUGGCUAUACGAUUACAAGUAUGCUCAUGCCGUAGGUGAGAUCUGUGCCAGCACGACGGUCAAGAUUAUGAAGGAAGAUGGGACGGAAGCUGGGAUCCGCGAGCCUGGUGAGAUUCUGGCAAAGGGGCCUCAGAUCGUCAUGGGAUAUCUGAACAAUGAGAAGGCGACAAAGGACACAUUUGAUGAUGAGGGUUACUUACAUACUGGUGACCAGGGAUAUAUUGAUGAACAAGGUGUCAUUACCAUCUCCGAUCGGAUAAAAGAGUUGAUCAAGGUGAAGGGUAUUGGUGUCGCACCCGCCGAACUCGAAGACUGCCUCCUCGGCCACCCAAAACUCGAGGACGUCGCGGUGCUGUCAAUAGCAGAUGAAUACUCUGGCGAAGUACCGAAAGCCUAUAUCGUGCCAAAGCCGAACUACAACCCCAGCCAGGAGCUUGGACGAGAGUUCAUCGCAUAUGUGCGCGAGAAAAAGGUUCGAUACAAGGCUGUAAAGGAGGUUGAGUUCAUCGAUGUGAUUCCCAAGUCUGCCAGUGGCAAGAUCUUGAGGAGAGUGUUGAGGGAUAAGUCGAGGAGUGGUGAGCAUGGAGUUGUAGUUAGGGAGGAGAGGGCAAAUUUGUAA